CCGGCGGCGGGGGCGGCGGGGGCGGCCGCGGCUUGGGCCGGGAGCGAGAGCGGGCGCGAGCCCCCGAGCCUCCGGAGCGCACCAUGGAGACGGUGGGCCCCGGCCGCAGCAGCUUCCAGCCGCACCCGGGGCUGCAGAAGACCCUGGAGCAGUUCCACCUGAGCUCCAUGAGCUCAUUGGGCGGCCCGGCCGCCUUCUCGGCGCGCUGGGCGCAGGAGAUGUACAAGAAGGAGAGCGCCAAGGAGCCAGGCGCCGCGGCCCCGGGCUCCGAGCAGCAGCAGCCCCCGCAGCCGCCGCAGCCCCCGCAGCCUCUGCAGCCGCAGCAGCCGCAGCAGCCCCCGCCGCCGCCCCCCGUGCUGCACCUGCCCCCCAUCCAGCCGCCGCCGCCCGUCAUGCCGGGCCCCUUCUUCAUGCCCUCGGACCGCUCCACCGAGCGCUGCGAGACCAUCCUGGAGGGCGAGACCAUCUCGUGCUUCGUGGUGGGCGGCGAGAAGCGCUUGUGCCUGCCGCAGAUCCUCAACUCGGUGCUGCGGGACUUCACGCUGCAGCAGAUCAACUCGGUGUGCGACGAGCUGCACAUCUACUGCUCGCGCUGCACCGCGGACCAGCUGGAGAUCCUCAAAGUCAUGGGCAUCCUGCCCUUCUCGGCGCCCUCGUGCGGGCUCAUCACCAAGACGGACGCCGAGCGCCUCUGCAACGCCCUGCUCUACGGCGGCGCCUACCCGCCGCACUGCAAGAAAGAGUUCGCCAGCGCCCUGGAGCUCGAGCUCACCGAGAAGAGCUUCAGGGUGUACCACGAGUGCUUCGGCAAGUGUAAGGGGCUGCUCGUGCCCGAGCUCUACGUGAACCCCAGCGCCGCCUGCAUCCAGUGCCUGGACUGCCGCCUCAUGUACCCCCCGCACAAGUUCGUGGUGCACUCGCACAAGGCCCUGGAGAAUAGGACUUGCCACUGGGGCUUCGACUCGGCCAACUGGAGGGCCUACAUCCUCCUAAGCCAGGAUUACACUGGGAAAGAGGAGAAAGCCAGGCUGGGCCAGUGCCUGGACGACGUGAAAGAAAAGUUCGACUAUGGCAACAAAUACAAGAGGAAAGCACCCAGGGUCCCUUCUGAACCCCCAACAGCCAUCAAGCCCAAAACAGAUGAUUCCUCUACACAAUCCCCUCCUUCUGAGAAGGACAAGCAGUCUAGCUGGUUACGACUGGCAAGCUCGUCCAAUAAGAGCAUUGGCUGCAUGCAUCCCCGGCAGCGCUUGUCAGCUUUCCGACCUUGGUCCCCUGCUGUUUCUUCCAGUGAGAAAGAUCUCUCCACACACCUUCCUGCACUGAUUCGAGACAGUAGCCCCCGGCUCAUGCUCUCUCCACCUUUCUGCAGUUUUUACUCCUAUAAGAGUUUCGAGAAUGCUGUGGCUCCCAACGUGGCGUUGGCUCCUCCCACACAGCAGAAGAUUGUGAGCAGCCCUCCCUGUACCACCACUGUGUCCCGGGCCCCCGAGCCCAUCACCACUUCCAUACAGCCCCGGAAAAGAAAGCUGCCUAUGGAGAAUCCUGGUGUGCCAGAGACCUUGGUCCCUGUCACUGCCCCAGAGGAUGAGAAGGAUUCCGAGGCAGACGUGGAAGUGGAAAGCAGAGAGGAAUGUAAGUUCACUUCGUCCUUGUCCUCGCUCUCUUCUCCAUCCUUUACCUCGUCCAGCUCGGCCAAGGACAUGAGCUCUCCGGGAAUGCAGGCCCCUGGAGGCAGCGGUGGCAGCGGUGGCGGCAGCGGCACAGUCAGCGCUUCUUUCGAGGCCAUGGCCCAUGCCGAGUCCCACAGCAAUGGGCUGGAGGCUGAACUGGAGCAUCUGAGGCAGGCGCUGGAAAGCGGUCUGGACACUAAGGAAGCCAAAGAAAAAUUCCUUCAUGAAGUUGUGAAAAUGAGAGUGAAACAGGAAGAAAAGCUCAACGCGGCCUUACAGGCCAAACGCAGCCUGCACCAGGAGCUGGAGUUCCUACGAGUGGCCAAGAAGGAGAAGCUUCGGGAGGCCACGGAGGCCAAGCGCAACCUGCGGAAGGAGAUCGAGCGCCUGCGAGCAGAGAAUGAGAAGAAGAUGAAAGAGGCCAACGAGUCCCGGCAGCGGCUCAAGAGGGAGCUGGAGCAGGCCCGGCAGGUCCGCGUGUGCGACAAGGGCUGCGAGGCGGGUCGGCUGCGGGCCAAGUACUCGGCGCAGAUCGAGGACCUGCAGGUGAAGCUUCAGCACGCUGAGGCUGACAGGGAGCAGCUCCGGGCCGAUCUCCUGCGGGAGCGGGAGGCCCGGGAACAUUUGGAGAAAGUUGUGAAGGAGCUUCAGGAGCAGCUGUGGCCUAAGCCAAGCCCUCAGGCCAGCGGCAGCCACAGAAACGAGCUGGACAGCGAGCUAGCCCACGAGCCCCGAGCCUGAGACGCCCCCUCCGCCAGGGAUGCCCGCGCGUGUCUGACGGGGCGAGCGUUUCCGCACCCAGGAAACAGACUCGGGGUGCGCGACCCCAGCAGCAGAAGCACUGAGUUCCUGCCUCACCCCGUCCUAUAGCACAACAUCUUCCUGUGCCUCGAACACCACUGAGUGUUGAUGAACAGCGCUUUUGGACGCCACCUGGCGACGUUUUCUACUGGCCGGCGAGCCCAGGGGGCUCCCCCGUUCGUCCCCUGCUUGCUGGAACACUUUGAAACGCAAACUUUUGUUAUAAGCUAUUUAAGACAGUGACAGACUUGAUAGUCCAAGAAAUGAACAAGUUUUUUAUAAGUAAAUUUUCAAAACCCACAAACACUUGGUGAUGCACAAUUUGGAUGAGUGGUUACGCAGCUGGGGGGAGGCCCCCACUCGCUCCCGCAGCCCUCCGCUGGCCAGGCCUGGGGAGCCCUCACGGUUUGACCUUCUCAUGUGGUUUGAUUGGGAGAUUUGAGUGAGUUUGUUUUUUGUUUGUUUGUUUGUUUGUUUGUGUGAAGUCUUUAUUUUUAAGUGAUAAGUACCUAGUUUUCCAGCACGGAUGCUAGAAGAAGAAGAGUGUGUGGGAGAGAGAGAUGAACUAAAAAGCUGCCCAGCCUUACUGAAGACGUACGUCACGGCUCCUGCGUCGUCACCCCGAGUCUGCAGACGGCCACGGCCGCUGUGUUCAGAGACACCCCCACCACCACCCAUCGUGCCCCAGCACCCGGGAGGAGGAGGGGGAGGCCGGCCCGAGUUACUCUGAGGACAGUCGCUUCAUUUUUUUACUGGAUCGCGCUACUUUGUUACAUCCCCUUCCUCAUAAAGGACAGUAUUUAUCUCCCCGUUGUUCAGGUUAUCCCUGUGCAGGCUUCCGAGCGUCCAGCCCUCUUGUCGCUGCUGUGAAUGAUCGGUGGCCAUGCCUUUCAGUAUGACCAAGGGGGCUGCUUUAAUUCUGGGAUCCACUGAGACCCCCCACCCCUGCACCGGAACAAAAAUGCAGCAUUACGUCAUCGCUUGGUCUUGGGGCUUUCUGUCUGUCUGUUUGAACUCAUCCUUAGACUGCACUUUGUUGAAAACUCCCUGCGUCUUUUUCUUCCCGCUUAUCAAUCAGCUCAAGUUGAAAGGUUUUCACUUUUAAAAUAUAUUGUACCAAUGUUCUCAAACAGAUCUUAUCCUAGCACUCAAGUGCUUAGAAAAUUCCCUUUGGUGCUUGGUUGAACAAGGGACACAUAAGAAAAUAAUAAUGAUGCAAAACCUGAAUCCUGGGGGGUCUCCGUGUGCCUUCCUGCGUCUUGUACGUUCAACACCGACUUGUGACUUUCCUCCCCUCCAAACCCCCAAACAGACCUGUCAACAGUAUAGAGAAAUGGGUAUCAAAAGAAUUUCGGGCUUGCUUGAAAGCAUCUAUUCCGGAUAAUCUCAUUCGCUUUCAACUGUUUGUGCAAAUUUAUAGAAGGUUUGUUCUGCCCGAACCUGAAAGCAGCUUUCCAUAGACAGGAGGCGGCUUCCCAUCCUAAAAUUAUGGUAUUUAUUUACAUAAAAAAUAAGAUUUUACGGGAAUUCCAUGUUAACCGCCAUGGUGACUGAGCAUUAACAGGAGGUUAAUGUGUUAGGUGCAAAAUUUAAAAAAAAUUAUCAAUAUAGCUCCGGGAAGCAAUAGCUACCAUCCGCUAAAGCCCCAGAAAUUAGGCAGAAAAGACAUGGGCAGGUUCCCCCCCCCCAUUCUCUGAUGUCGGAGAUCCUGGUUCUGUUGACGUGGCCCCUUCUCACGUGCAAUGCAAAAGGAACAUUGUUGAGACAGCGUUUUAUGUGGGAUCUUUUUUUGUUUUUUGUUUUGUUUGUUUUUUGCUUCUUUGUAUGUUUUUUCUUUUACAGUUAUUAAAAAUUCAUAUGCAUGGAAUUUAAAAAUCUCUGCCAUAUGUAUAUUCAUUAAUGGGCAUUAUUACUGAUUUGUGUAAAGGGUUUAUUUUGUUAUGCAAUAUGCAGAAUACUGUUUCAGGCUUAGGUGUUUCCAGAUUUGUACUUUUCAGCUGUUUCUUCAAGGGAAACUAGCGGUUGAGUUUCAGCAGUGCUUUUAGGUGUGUUAGCGUAUAUGUGUUGCUGUGCUAGGUUGCCAAGUCGAGAAAUUACACAGAGAACAAAAGGCCUUCCCGUGGGCCUAGGUGCUUGAAGGCACUGUGCUCAGGGAGGGUGGCUGGGGCUUCGCUUCUGCGUUCUAGACUCAGGUGUGAGUAGAUGGUCCCCCUUACCCAGCAGUGGAUAAAACCCUUUUCCCUUCCAGGUGAAUGAGCCUGGGCUCAUUCAGGGGAACUACCCCUCCACCACCCCCUGGUGGACAUCGCCCCAACAUCUCCCCUCCCCCCAUUUUCAGCCAGAAAGUGCAUGUUCCACCCCCACCCCCUUACUAUCCCCCAAGCCUCGUUUCUUGAAAAAGCAGUGAGAUCUGAACACUUUGCAGUAACUUGUCCCAAAGAGUAUGGGGUUAGAACACCACCCCCCCGUGAUCCUGACAGUAUUGAGUUACUUGGCAUCAGAUUUUUUUCUUUAAGGCCAAAUUUUUCCCUUGAGAGCAUUCACACUAAUUCUGCUGGGCAUAGGCUGCCCACGAAAUGCAGCUGUGCUGAUUUCCUGAUGAUCGGUUCAUAUCAAAGCUAGGAAAUGUUGAUUUCUUUUCUUCCCUUCCCACCCCACACCCCCCAAGUUGGCGUAUGCAGCCCCAUGCAAAACCUUUUCAAAUUAAAGUUGUCGAUGAAUGGAAUUCAGUCUUAUUUCACGGAUGAUACAGAACUAUGUGAACAGACUAUGGGGAACAAAUUCUCCUCACCAGCAGCUCAUUGUUAGGUUGGUUUUCGGUCAAUUAACGUUCAAAUUUUUUUUUUGCAAUGUGCACAACCCCAAAUUGGGUGGCUUGUGAUUGGACCCUUCCCCCACCUUCGUUAUUUUGUUUGAUAAUAGUAGAAUCACUUGGAACUGACUCGAAUGUGUCUGGGUGCGAGCCCCUCGACACACAAAGGAGAGACUCUCGGCCCGAUUUUAUAGCUGCUUAAAGUCCACGUUUCUAAUCCUAGGCCUUGUAGGAGCAGCUAACUCCUGCUGCACUGGCAGCCUUGGAGGAGGGGGAGGAGGGAAUUGGUUCCCUGUGUGAUUUCUGUGUAUGAAGCAUUGUUAUACUGCAGCCGAACGAGGUCCUGUAGAGACAGAACUGCUCAUAGUUUUACUCCAUUAAUGCAGCUGCAGCUUAGUUUUCUUUAGGAAGAAGGGAGAAGAGGUGUCUUGUAGGCUGUUGACUCUCCCUAUACUUAAAUAUAUUACCUAGAUAAUUGUAUAUUCAGUUUAAUUACUCAUUGUUUCUAUACUGAAAGAAGACUUAACGAAGGGAAAAAAACCGACAGCAAUAAGAUUCAUAUCUAUGGAGCAGCUAACUAGUACACAUAAUAUUCUGCUUUUCAUACAAAACUAGCCAAUAUGUAAAAAUAAAUAAAUAAAUAAAAAAUAAAAAACAACAUGUAAAUACUUUUUUUUUUCAUUUUACACUGUUGUAUUAUAAGUGUAUAUGGUGGUUACUUUUCAGAAACUCUUUCUUACUUGGUAGUUGUCUUGUUUUCCGAGUUGUGUUUUUAACAAAAAAAAUUCUUUGCUUGUCUGUUGGGGGGGUUGGAAAACACUUUUGGCAAGUUUUCAAUGUGGGUUACCAUUUUCCAUCUUAAGUUUUGGGUCCUUAUUUUCAUGGUAAAAUAUUUUAUUAUUAAAGGUUAAAUUCUCUUCUCCCCCCCCCCCAAAAAAAAGUCCACAUGUUUUUGAGGGAGGUGUUUUUGUUUGUCAGAAGUCAUAAAUGACAUUUUUUUUUCAAUUGAGGGAAAAAAAAUCUACAUUUAUAAUAGCCAAGAGCAUUUCAGCACAUUUCUGUUCUGUUUUCUCCUAUGCUGCUGCUAAUGACAAUAUUAUGACUUACUCUACUAUUCAAGAACUAUUUUUAUGUAAUUAAUGUAUGCUUUCUUGUUUAUAAAUGCCUGAUUUUAAAAAAAGAAAAAAGAAAGAAAAAAGCUUGGCAUAUUUAUCUAUCUCGCUGUGUACCUUGUUGGUCCUUUUCCCCCUUCCCCCUUGAAACAGAUAAUAUUGUAAAAUAAAGGCCUCUAUGAGAAUAUGUAUGAAAAUAGCUCUGCUUAUAUACCAGUGACUGAAUGUACAGUGUAUAGACGCAUUACCUAAAAUAAACAAAAGUGUUUGGUUCAACUAUUUCCACAUUA